GAGUUUCAGGUUUCAGUUUCACGGUUUCCGGUUCCUGAUUGCAUCGCUGCCGGCGGCUAGUUUGUAUCCUCUGACACUUGCUUCACCUCACAUUUGUUCUUGGUCUUAUUAUUAGUGUAUUUUACUAUCGUUACAUAUCACUGUCGUUGCCGAAUUAUUUAUAACUUUAUAUUUUAAACCUAUAUUCAUUGAAACGUAACGCCGCUAGCAUAUUAGCGUGUUAGCUUGCCUUCUGUUUACAUUGUGGAAUAUCAUCUCCCCCUAUUUGUCUUGUGUGCUAACUGUUUCUCUUUUUAAGUGUAUAUACUAAGACUCAUCAAGCAACCUUGGUAAGUUAGGAUUGCACUUCAUACCCGGUGAGUUAUGGCUUCUAUUCCUAUUGUUGUUACUUGCACCUCAUGUCAUAUGUUUAGUUUAGCCUUCUCUGUCAGCGGCGAGGGUUUUACAUGUGAUAAAUGCAGGGAAGUAGUUAGGCUGACGGAGAAGAUUUUAGAAUUAGAGUCUCGCAUCCAAUCUUUAUUUGAGGAUAGUAAGAGUGUAAGAACCGUAGAAAACACUUCGGAUGCGAGCAAUGUUAGCGCACACAGCUCGGUUCCGGUUGAAAAUCCCCUGCAGCUGGGAAACUUUGUGACGGUGAGACGGCAUAGUCGCAGGACAAAACAUCACUCAACCGUUCCGAUUAAAGUCUCGAACAGGUUUGCCCCGCUCAGUGACGCACCGACUGAGAAACCUGCUGAAAGUGCCCUAGUGAUCGGUGAUUCUAUUGUCCGGAACGUUAACAUAGAGGCACCAGCCACCAUAGUCAAAUGUUUACCGGGAGCCAGAGCGCCUGACAUCAAGUCAAAUUUAAAUGUGCUGGCUAAGGCUAAUCGUAAAUACAGUAAGAUUGUUAUUCAUGUCGGCACAAAUGACGUUAGACUCCGUCAAUCGGAGAUCACUAAAGAUAAUAUUAAAGAGGUGUGUGAGCUCGCAAAAACGAUGUCAGACACUGUAAUAUUCUCUGGCCCCGUUACUGCUUACCGUGGUGAUGAGAUUUAUAGCAGAUUAUCAUCACUAAAUGGCUGGUUGUCUGAGUGGUGCCUGCAGAAUAAUAUAGAUUUUAUAAAUAACUGGAAGAGUUUUGAGGGCAGACCUGACCUGUUGAAACGAGAUGGUCUCCAUCCCUCCUGGGAUGGGGUUUCCCUCCUCUCUAGAAAUUUGGCACACAGUCUUAAUAAUGCUAAAGUCUGA